AUGUUUUUGAUCUCACUAGGUUGGCAGCCUCGGUGGUUUGUUUUAGACAAUGGGAUAUUGUCAUACUAUGAUUCACAGGAUGAUGUUUGCAAAGGGAGCAAAGGAAGUAUAAAGAUGGCUGUGUGUGAAAUAAAAGUUCAUGCAACAGACAACACAAGAAUGGAGUUGAUCAUCCCAGGAGAACAGCAUUUCUAUAUGAAAGCAGUUAAUGCAGCCGAAAGGCAGAGGUGGCUGGUAGCACUGGGGAGUGCAAAAGCCUGUUUAGCAGAUACCAGAACAAAAAAAGAAAAAGAAAUAAAUGAGACAAAUGAAUCUCUUAAAACCAAAAUGUCUGAACUUCGUCUCUACUGUGAUCUUUUAAUGCAGCAAGUUCAUACAAUACAAGAAUUUGUUCACCAUGAUGAGACUCGUUCUCCUCCCAGCAUUGAGAACAUGAAUGAAGCCUCUUCCUUGCUUAGUGCCACAUGUAAUACAUUUAUCACAACACUCGAAGAAUGUGUGAAGAUUGCUAACACUAAGUUUAAGCCAGAAAUGUUCCAGCUGCCUCACCCUGAUCCCUUAGUUUCUCCUGUGUCUCCAUCACCUGUCCAAAUGAUGAAGCGUUCCAUUAGCCACCCUGGUCCUUGCUAUUCAGAAAGGAAUAAUCACUCUGUAAAAGAACCAAUUUCAUCCCUUCACCGAUUUUCACAGCAGCGCAGAAGAACAUACUCAGAUACAGAAUCUUGCAGUGAUGCUCCCUGUGAAGAUUCUCAGAGAUCUGCUCACUGUUCUAGAAGUGCUGUCAAUGGAGAUCUGGUAUCAGCAACCAUUCCUGAAGAAAACAGAUCAGUAUCAAAGGAAAGAUCUGAACUGGAAGAGACUCUUUCAUCCUUUUCUUCUUGAAAAAACCGAAAGUAUUCAGUUUUCUAUAAAUAAUGCUAUGCAAAAGCUGCUGUACUUGUACUGUUGUUAUAGGAAGUAGUGAUUUCCCUUUUUAGAAGGAUUUCUCUGCACUUUAUAGAAUAACAAAAACUAUCUUUGAAGUGUAUUUUAUCUUUGUAUAGUUUAUUUGCAAGAGUAUUUUCCUAAUAUUUCACAGUUUGAAUGUGCAUUUUUUUGAACAAAUGGCGGCUUAACAGAUAAGCAUCCACAUUUGUAAAUGUAGCUCUUUUUAAAAGGUGUGAAGGUCUGACUGA